AUGUUUCACGUGCAAGGGUCUUUUGAGCAGUCGCUGCGCUGCGGCGAUGAUGUGUCACCUAACGGAAAUAAAACAUUAGCCGCUUUGGCAAAAAUCCACAAACAUUGCACUGGAAAGGCCCACGCUCAUGGAUGCGUAGAUCACAAACAAAAUCCUCUUGCAAAAUCUGAUUCAAAUACUAGUAUACAAUCGCGGAAAUCCUUCCGCAAUGAAUAUAUUAUUGAAAUCAAAGAAUCCGAUAAGAAUAAUCACAAUGCCGUCAAAAAUAAUGAUGGAAUUCUUACGAAAAGCUUCAGUAAUAGCACCAGUUCUUACGAAGGUCACAGUGACACUGAUUCGGAGAACACAUUUAAGUCUAGAGACCACAACAAGUCGACAGAUGCGUGCGAACGCUUAUUCUCUCAAUGUACCAAAGCGUCUUUAAUGAAGACUGCUCGAAUGAGAUACGCUGAUGACAGCGUUAUAUCCGCAAUGCAAGAUGAAGUAGAUGGCGAGAGAGCUAAACAAGCUUUAAGCCGAACUCCACUCAGAUUGAGUUAUAGGGAAAGGAAAUCAGGAGUUGUUACUAUCGAAGAAGUGAAAUCAGACUAUUCGAAUAAUGAUGAGGAUCUGGCAAACGCUGUGCUUUUUGAUGAGAAGAGAAAAACCCCAACGCAAAGUAAACCUAGUCUGCAACGUCAAAAGUCUUCUGGAAGUACCGUUAGCAAUGGUAAGACCAAUGGUACCAAGCCUCCAUGGAGAGGUGCUAGCAAAAAUGGCAAGCCAACAGAACCAUUAGUUAGAACGUCGUCUUUUCGAGGAAGUAUUAAGAAGAAGACUCCCAAGAAUGAUGGCAUUCCUUGGAAAAAGUUAUACGAAUUGGCUAUUUGGAGGAGAUAUGGUGUUAGUUUUGCUGCGGUAGGAGCUGAUACUGAAAGGGCCUUGCUUAGGCCUUGGACAGAGCUGUCUUCUCAGCCGGAACCGCCACCGUUUAAGGUAAGUCUUUAA